GCAUUGAAGUAGUUAAAGAUAUUGAAGUGAAUAAAGGCAUUGGAGUGAAUGAAGGUAUUGAAGCGAAUAAAGGUAUUGGAGUAGAUAAAGAUGCUAAACUUGACUAUACUGAAUCGGGUGUUACUUCUUACAAAGCAAUUCAAGACACUACAAAUCUUGUUAAUCGUAUAGACAAUGAAAAUCUUUGUGAGAUAUUUUCUUGGGACUUAUUGCCAGAUUUUUUACAGGCAGUUUUUUUCAUGAAUUAUAGCUAUUUGAUCCGACAUAUAAUAAAAUUGCUGCCAUAUUAUACCUAUGAGGGUUUUGAAGUACAACAAUUUGAAGCCAAUACAUUUAUUAAUGUUUCAACUGUGGAAGAUUUAAUUCGUAAGCUAGCAAAUUCAGAUGAAUACUUGGUACCAAGUAUGAGAAAAGAAACUGGUAUUAUUUAUAAUGUAAAUAGUGCUAUCAGAACGUGUGAUUGUCCUAUCAGAAUGUCAGGUGCACUGUGCAAGCACCAAGGUGCUGUUGCAAUGAAAUAUCACGUUAGAAUUAUCAACUUUUUACCUUCAUUAACACCCAACGAUCGCAUGACCUUUUCAUUUAUCGCAAGUGGUAGACUGUUCCUUUUAUGCACAAAGCCUGCUUUAAUCGAAAAUAAUACUACAGAAAACAAUGAAGAUAGUGAUUCAAGUGCAAUAACAAUGUCAAAUAAUGAGGUUGAUACAAAUAAGGAAUUCAGCGAAUUGGAUAAUCAGGAAGCAGAUUUUGAUGACGUCCCAGAGUUUUUCGAAACUCAACUUGAUGAAUCUAUACUUGCCAGAACAGAAAAUUUAGCGUCAUUUCGUGAGCUUGGUCCUCCUGACCUUUGCCAUAUAACUAAAUCUAAUGCCAAGCCCGGUGUAAAAGAGGUUGGCUCUUAUCAUUAUGUUUCUGGUGUCGACGCUUCUUCUUCAGCUACCUUGGCAGCAUACCUCAAUUCACUGACUUACGCAUUGGAAGAAACCCAUGCAUGGUUUUCCAAAUCCUCCGCUUGGAGAAUUCGUUCGGGGGUAUAUUGGUAUGUAAUCCAUUUAUACAAUUUCAAUUUAUUUGCUAUUCAUGUUGAUCCAUUUAUAUCAUUGUUUGCUAAGUUUGAUUAUUCCAGUUGUUUUAAUGCCUUUUCGCGAGUGGACGUGCGCGUUGAAGUUAAAAUUCCUGGUGGUGUCGAAAGCUAUAUCGUAGAUGCGCGUGGUGAAAAACAUGAGGCUACACCGGAGAUGUGGCAAGAAACCUACAUUUCUGCACUUCUACGCGCUAUACUUUAUUCAGACGAUGCCAAUUAUAGGCUUGCUGGAUUUCGCAAAUUAGACCCUAUCCCAAAUAUAGAAGCAGAAGCCCAUUUCUUAGAGGCGGCUGAAACUCUCUUUUUUAAAGGUUGGCAGCUUGGGUCAGAACCAGAAAUUCAAGUUGCAACUGUUGUCAGUAAUCAUUUGACUAGUGGCAUUAUGAAAUAUUUUAGUGAAAAUUUUAGAUAUGAACAUCCUGAAGUCGCUUCGUUACUUGCACAAUCAUAUAUAGGGAUGGAUGAGGAAAUAAAGGCGGUUAAUAUUUUAUACGAAGCCCUAAAACAGAAUCAAAUGAGCUAUGCGCUUCUACAUGUUCAAACAGAUUUUUUAUUGUCAAAGGGAAAAAAACCUUUUGCUCUUAAACUUGCUAAACAAGCGGUAAAUUGUGCACCAUCCGAAUUUGUCACUUGGGCCAAACUUACUGAGGUGUACAUUGAUCUUGAAGAUUAUGAAUCGGCAUUGUUGACUCUGAAUUCUUGCCCAAUGUUUACAUAUAACGAUAGAGACAUGCAUAGAAUGCCAACCCCAGCAAAGACUCAUCUUCCGAUUAAACAAGAGAUUGCAAAUGUUGGACUUUUGGAUGAUGACAAUGGACGUGACACCGAGGCUGAUGUCGGUCUUCUACGCCUUCCGGCACCAUCACUUCGAGGUACCUUUGCUAAAGCAUAUUCAUUGUUAACACGGCUGGUUGCCAAAAUUGGAUGGGAUGAAUUAUUAAAAUGUCGAUCCUCUGUCUUCGUAAUGGAGGAGGAAUAUCGUAUGCAAAAAGCUGCUGAGGAAGAACGAAGAAAUCAAAAAUUAGCUAAUAUUAAGCCACACGAAAAAGAAGAUAAUAAAGAGCCAGAUGUCAUAAAAGUUAAGACAAAUGGUGUAAAUGAUUCAUCUCAAUCUAUUCCGACGAUUACAGUAUCAGGUGAUUCCGACAACAAUAAGGAACAUAAUGUUUCAUCAGGUUCACAAGAAAAUAAAACUACUUUAGAAACAGUUGAUGAAAAUCCUGAGCAGAAUUUGGAGGAAACAAAUAAUCAUGAUGACAAUGAAGACCAAGAACAAAAAAAAAAUAUUAAUCAUAAUGCUCCUGUUGAUGAACAAUCAGUUGAUUCUUUAGAAGAAGUUAAUCUGAAUGACGAAAAAUCUGGAGUGGAUGAGACUUCUACUCCAGUAAUAGAAUUCAAGGGUCCUGAACUGGAAAAACCAACACAAGCUGCUAAUGAAGAUAAAAGUGAAGGCCAAAGUCCAAAUAAUGAUGAACAAAGCAAGGAUGCUGCAUCAAAAAAAGAUUAUGCGUUCUCGUUCAAUAACAAAAGGCUCUGCGAAAGGUGGCUUGAUAACCUUUUCAUGGUUUUGUAUGAGGACGAUGCCAAGGAGGCCUAUACACGUUGUCUUGAUAAUAAAUUUUCAGCUAAAGCCUGGCUAAGACUGCUAGAAAUUUAUGCAGAGGAAGGGGAUGUACAACAUGCUUUAACCGCUGUAGUAAAGUUGUCUGUGUACCAUGAACGAUGGUAUCAUGAAAUAAUUUAUCCAACCGCUGUCGCAUAUAAUCUCAACAAAUUGAUUCGAAGUGAGGGGCAAUCUAAAAUAAAUUACAACCUUAUCUCCAUGAAUUUAUCACCACCUGUAGCCAAGUUGGUUACGAGAUACCUAAUUUUUGCCGAAACCUUUAAAAUUCCCGGAUCAGAUUUAUAA